AUGGCCCUACUGAAGGACUGGCCGUUGCAAAACGUUAUAUACACCAGUAUAGUCGGCAUCGUGCUUUUGAUGGCAUGCCUCGAGUGGUUUCUCUGGCUGGCAGCGUUCGUCUACUGUCUCGUCAAAGUCUUUCAGAAGGCAGAACAUUGGUCCAUUAAUGUCUUAUGCAUCAUUGUUGGCACUGUCUUUGUUCUCCUCCGGGUCAUAUUCCUCCCAAUCAUGGUGGUGACGCUGCCACUUCCGGAUACUGUUACAAAGUUGUGGCCGAAAGAGAUGGUGUCUUUUCUCCAGUGGUUUGCAUUCUGGGCCUUCGCGAUCCUCCUGACAGUGCCAUGGUUGUUCUGUAUCUACCAAGUCGUCACAAAUCAACUCGGUCGAACGAAGCGUAUGAAACAGGUGCUCGAUGAUGUUACUGCUCCAAAGGUCGUCAUAGUCAUGCCUUGUUACAGAGAGGAACCCGAGGUUCUCCUCAAAGCUGUCAACUCAGUUGUCGAAUGCGAUUACCCACCCGCCUGUAUCCAUGUUUUCUUGUCCUUCGACGGGGAGGAGGAGGACGAACUGUACCUCAGCACUAUCGAUAAGCUUGGUGUGUCCAUGAAGAUGGAGACAUACCCCACGAGUAUUGAUGUCACAUAUCGGUCUGCACGUGUAACCAUUUCACGCUUUGAGCAUGGAGGAAAACGCCACUGCCAGAAAGUAACCUUCAAGCUCAUCGACCGAGUGUACGAGGAGUAUCUCAAGCGGAACGACAAUCUAUUCAUUCUGUUUAUUGACUCCGACUGUAUCCUAGACAAGGUAUGCCUACAAAACUUUGUCUACGACAUGGAGCUCAGCCCUGGCAAUUCUAGAGACAUGCUGGCUAUGACAGGCGUCAUUACAUCGACGACGAAAAAACAUAGCAUCAUUACUCUGCUACAAGACAUGGAAUACAUACAUGGACAGUUGUUUGAACGAACCGUCGAAUCUGGCUGUGGUUCCGUCACUUGUCUCCCGGGAGCGUUGACGAUGCUGCGCUUCUCAGCUUUUCGAAGAAUGGCCAAAUAUUAUUUUGUAAACAAAACAGAGCACUGUGAAGACCUGUUCGAUUUUGCUAAGUGUCACUUGGGAGAAGAUCGCUGGUUAACCCAUCUAUUCAUGAUUGGAGCCAGGAAGCGGUACCAGAUCCAGAUGUGCACAUCGGCCUUUUGCAAAACCGAAGCUGUGCAAACAUAUCGGUCCCUGGUUAAGCAGCGGCGCCGAUGGUUUCUAGGCUUCAUCACAAACGAGGUCUGUAUGUUGACAGACUGGCGCCUGUGGAAGCGCUACCCCGUUCUCAUAUUGGUCCGUUUUAUGCAGAAUACCAUCCGAACAACAGCAUUACUAUUCUUCAUCAUGGUUUUGGCCCUGAUAACUACAGUCAAGAAAGUGGACGACCUUCCUGUGGGGUUUAUUGCUGUUUCCCUGGGGCUGAAUUGGCUGCUGAUGCUGUAUUUUGGAGCCAAGCUCCGCCGAUUCAAAAUCUGGCUCUACCCGCUCAUGUUUAUUCUUAAUCCGUUCUACAACUGGCUGUAUAUGGUUUACGGUAUAUUCACAGCAGGGCAGCGAACUUGGGGCGGGCCACGAGCCGAUGCGGCGGCGGCGGACGCUCACACAACAGCAAGAGAAGCAGUGGAACAAGCUGAGGAACAGGGAGACGAACUAAACGUGGUCCCCGAGACGUUUAAAGCGGCACACGAAGCACGUACGGCUCCCUCGAAUCGUAAGUCGACCGCAACCAGCGAACUCGGACGAACUCGAAGCGUGGUGCGACCACCAGACAAGAUUGAUGGCAGGUUCUCAGCACGUCAGAAGACAGCAUCAGGAACAUAUGCUCAUCCAGAUGAGAUCGAUACCAGCACAGAGGAUAUUGAAAUGGGGAAAGCAACAUCCCACGUGUUUUCGAAGCCUCAAGAGUGUGCGGAUCUCGGAGUUGGAACACAGGGAAGAAUGAAGCUCCUGAUGGAUGAGGAAAACAUUCGAAAGUAUGAGAUUGCACAACAAAUACAGGACAGAGCUUCUCAAGUGAGGGAUUUGGAGGGCAUCCAGUCUAGCCACGGCUUCUCGGCUUCACCUAUGAGGCGUGCUGAAAUUUCGGGAGAUAUGACCACUUCCCGAAGUCCUAUCGAAUACAAUCAGGUCGCCCAAGAUGAGCCAGUUGAAUCUCGUCGUCGAAAUUCUACGGAGAGAAGCAUUGGUACCAGCCUUGAAGGGAAACAAACAAGGCUUGGAUCAAACAUGUCGUUUGCUAGUCGAAUGACGAGAGGGAGGCUGAAGAAAAGCCGUUAG